CACGGUUCCGGAUCCCGGGUUUUAGUCAUCACCAUCCAAUAUGUCAGCGCCCAGGCAGUCUUGUCUCUUCGUUUUGAGUUCUUCGAAUGAAGGUGUAACUGCACAGUCGUUCCUGCAGGCUUACAAUAUAAUAUCCUCAAAUUUUAGUGUCCAGCUGGCUUCACCAAGUGGUAAACAUAUUGAAUAUGUGAAUCAAGAUGAAAGUAACAGGAGAUGGUUUAAUGAGUUCCGAGCAAAGUCAAGCUCAAACCCUAUAGCACUGGAGACUGUCGAUGCUGCUAGAUAUGCAGCCCUGGUGGUACCAGACAGUCCAGGGGCAACAAGAGACCUACAUAAUGACAAAGAUCUCAAGCAAAUACUACUUCAUUUUAUGAAAGAGAAAAAACCAAUGUGUGCAAUAGGGAUGGGUGUAGCAGGUCUAUUUCCAGCCCACAAUGAAGAAGGCCACUGGUGUUUUGAAGACUACAGUAUGACAUGUACAUCACUGUAUGAACUAGCAAGGAAUGCAGAUUUUCCCAGCUUACCUGUGAUACCAGAAGAUUACAUCAAAGACAAUUGUGCCAAAUAUAGUUGUAGUGGGGAGCCAGAUUCUGUGCAUGUAGUUAUUGACAGACAUGUGAUCACUGGACAAAAUCAGCAGUCAACAAUCACAGCAGUACAAAAUCUUAUACUCAUGUGCAGUCAAAAGUAA